UGCCCGAGCGAAAACACGUCUUAACCCAGAGCAGUCAGCAGUCAGUCACAUUGCAUGCAGCAGAGAUGGUGUGCAGACCUCACUGAACUGGGCAGCAAGGUGAAAACUGAGGACUCACUCAGUUUGUGACACAAGCCUGACGAUGAAGUGUCCACAUUGUGACUAUGAUAUUUUGGAUAAGAAAUCCAAGUUUUGCAGUGAGUGUGGCUUCAAGCUUCCGGCCACAACUUCAAACACAGAAGACACAGGAAAUCAGCCUAAGUCCCUGAUUGCAAACUCUGAAAGCAAAAUGGAGGAAUCAAACUCUCAGAGAAACGUCCAUGACACAGAGAGCAUAGACUCCAAUAAAUCUCCCAAACGACCCAAUGAUGAACAACUCAACCCAAAGAAAAAGGUGAGAAAGAAAAAAAGAAAAAAAAACAAAACAAGAAGGGUAACAACAUACCUUCAGACCAAGAUCAGAGCCAGUCUGACCCGUCACUCGUGUCUUUGGAAGACAGUCAGAGGAAGGUGACACAAGGAAGAGGAGACACCAGUGACAGUGAAAGCUCAGAUGCCAAUAUGGAGGAAACGACAGACUCACUCCAAGAUGAUCCCCGCUCACCCCUACAGCAUUCAUUACCAGCUAAUAGCACAGCAGCCUCCUCUAAAAGUACAGUGAUUGAAGAACCUGUACCUAUAGCUGAGGACACUUCUGCAAGUCAGUCUGAGGAAACCAAAGCGAAAGAGACUGAUGCCAAUAAGUCAGUUCAGGAUCAAACACCUGAGAAAGGAGCAGGUGAUGUUUCAACUCAAGCUUCAGCCUCAACAGACAAGCAGAUCCCCCAGUCAGUUUCAGCUGAGGGGGCAAAGCCUGCUGAUUCUAAAGAGCAAAAGGGUAUCCCAAAAAAUUCAAAAAACAAGAAUGAAUCUGUUGUUGCCGUAGAAUCUAGACUGGACAAGAAUGCAAAUUCAAAUCCAAAUGCAAAAGAAACACAGCAGAAGGCUAAAGGUCAAGAUGAUCAGAAACAGAAAGGAAAAGGUCAGCAGGACCAGAAGCAGAAGUCAGCACCAUCAAAGGCUGAUAACUCAGGCUCCACUGUGGAUCCGGAAAAGAACAUGGAGUCUGAGAACAGGCAGAAUGAAGUUUCAGGUAGUGAGGAGCAACAAAGUCAAAACAGUAAGAAAAGCACAAAAGCCAAAACUCCAGCAGCACCACUGCCUAAAACGCAAAUUCAAAACAAAAACAUUGUCACACGAGACAGGCUGACAAUUUGCUUCCAUGCCGUUCUUUCAAAAGAUUUUAAAUUUCAUCCUGAUGAAGAUCGAAUCUUUAUCAGAGCUGGGAAACCUAUUGCAAACAGCUGGAAUGAAGAUGCAGCAGAGCUGGAAGUAACCAGGGAUCUUGGAGAACAUGGUUAUCUUGUUGAAGGAAGCCUCACAACGAGAAAAUCCAAAGUUGUGUCUGAGUCCAUAGCAUACAAAUAUGUUGUCUAUAAGAAACAAAAGAAGAGUUAUGAGUUUGAGUACAUAUACAAACUAGACUCUACACAUCACUAUAUCAACAGGUGCUUGUUUGUGAAACAACACCUCAUCACUGAUGAUGGGGACUGGCAUCAGUAUGACGACAUCAUCUGUGCUGAGCCAUCAAAGGGCAUGCUGGCUCGCCUCAAGGAUAAGCUUUGGCCUGAUCAACGUAAAAGUCUGAUUCAAGGACGAGAAAUUGCUGCCGAUGUGAUGCUGAAUUCAAUAUUUGAUCUUCUGAUGAGCUGGAGUGAUACCAAUGUAAAAAGUUUUCAAAUUCAGCUAAAUCAGUUUUUCCAGGUUUAUGCAAACCCUUUUGUAUUUGAGGAAAAGGAAAAGAAAUGGUUCUCCUUACACUUUGGGGAAGACGAAGUGAGGAAGAUCCUGAAAGAGUUCAUGCUGACACACGUGAUCCCUCAGCUCCAGGAUAGGGCUGAGAAAAAUCUCUACAUCCCAGACCACAUGAGAGCAGCUGUGGUCAUGCUUCAUGUGUGGAGACAGUACAAACUCAAACUUGAAAAUUCUGAGCUCUUCCGCCUCUGUUCUGCACUGUGUUUGCCUGAACUAGAGAAGGACAAAUUUCUUCAGUUCUGGGCAAAUUUUUCUCAAGCUGUUUCAGUAUUCAAAAAUUUGCCAGAAAUGCUGGUGGAUCUCAUCAAAAUGGUCAAAAGUGCUUCAAUGCCUCACUGGAUUACAUUACUGCCACUCCUUCAUCUGCUGAGAGGUACCAUAAAGCCUUUUGAAGGAAAAACCUCUGGAAACAGAAACUAUAGUUUGUCCUGGGCAGGUUUGGAAGGCAUUGACUUUAACCAAAUACACUUUAACAUUCAAAGCAGGAAAGAACUUAUGAAUGUGAUGAAGAAAAACAGUCACUUGAUGAAGCUGGAUCCACUUUUAGUUCGGUCCUGCUUGUACUUAAUGCCACUUGAGGAACAGCUGGACUGUAGCUCCAGCGUUAAACCCGAGCUUCUGGACAUACUUUAUGUUUUUACUAAUAAGGUUCCUCACGACAUUACUGCCAGCAGCUCUGAGGAUGUCACUAAAAUUCUUGCACACAUCCAAGAGCAUCUCAUUGAGGAAAAAUACAGCGGCUUCACACAGGCUUACAGGAAGGAAUGUCUGACAACUGCGAUGACGUUGUUAGAGAAGCUCUGCAAAGGAGUCAAACCAGAAACGUCUACCCAAAACUUUCCACAGAUCCCUGUGGCAGCGACAAAUCUUCUUGCUUUAGUUUCAGAUUUCUUUUUGUCUAACAAGGAACAGGAGUCUGAGGAUGCAGAUGGAGAACAGCAACAUGCAAAAGACUUGGUAAUCUCUCAGGGGAUGGAAGUAAUGAGAAACUGGGUGAAUCGGUCAUUCAAACAAAAUUUACUAAAGUGGAGACUAACAAGCCUUUACUCAGCAAAAACAACGGAACUGGAGACAUGGAACAACAUUAUUUCCAUUAACUUCAAAGAUAAAAAAUGUACAAAAGAAUGGAGGGAAACAUUUAUUAUGGACUUUGAGGGCAAGUUCAAACAGGAAUCUUCACUUGAUCAAAUUGAAUUCUACUGUAAAAAUAUAGAGGAGUUUAGUGAUUGCUAUCCACAUGUUGCUGGGAGCAUUGAGAAGUGUGCUCUUGAAGCCGUCACGACUUUGUGCCAGACUAGGUCUGAAGGAAAACUGUUUGAGAGGUUAAAUAUAAACUGGAAGUUCGGGAAGCUCAUCUCUGCAAUCAUCCAAAAGUCCUGGCCGAGGGAUGGUCAAGGAAAAUAUCAGGAGGAAGAAGAAAUGGUUCUUCAGCACCUCCUCUCCUGGACUGCAGCUAAAGAUAUUUUUCACCUAUAUGGUGCAGACACAAAGCUGAUUGAAAAGCUCUCUCAAGAUGCCAGAGACCGAUUGGCUAUAGCCAUAUCAGCCUUCACAGCCAUAAUCAAUCAGCUGAUACAUGGAGACAUUAAAAUCAGUCUGCUCAACAUCAUUCUGGAGAGGAAAGAUGCCUUCUUAGAUUUGCUGAAGAUCGACUGCCUCACAGAGAAAGAACAACACAGAGAUCUUUCCAAAAUGAAAAGGUUUUUGCAACACAGAGCAGAAGAAGUGAAGUCUGUGUACCACGAAAAGGAGCUUGUGGUUGUCAUAUUAUCAAUGAGCCACAAACUUGAAGAACAUAUGAGAGUUGAUGUUUCUGACCUGGAGGACAAAACACAAAUCAACAUUGAGAUGAUGCCCUUGAACCAUUUCAUGGAAGUUCAUCAUUUUGACCAAGUGGCUACCGCAAUGUCUGGAAUUGUUACCUUCUUCAGCCUGGACGAGGAAAUGAGAGACAUGGCAACAUUCCUAUACAAAUUCAAUGAAAGUAUUGUCCUAAAAAUGUGUUGGGAAAAAUUUGCCAUACAAAUGGUCAGAGACGAAACUGAAGAUGUGGAUGAGGAGCCCUCUGAGGAGGAUAUUGAUGCCACACCAGAAAUGAUAUAUGAUGAGAUCUACUUGCCUUGUAGGGAUGAAUACAAAGACAUCUACACUCGCUUAAAAAAUGGAAGCAUAAGACUUGAAGAAGUCGAUCAUCUUUUCAAAGCCUACAAGGACAAGUAUGAUGAUCUCACUCAAGAGCUUGAUAUCAUGUCCAAACAGGAUACAUCUGAAAACAAACAGUGGAUUCAUCAGAGGGUCCAACAAGUCCAGCAAUAUCAUGAGCUUCAUCUCGCUGUGGAAUCUGCUAAAGUUAUUAUGAUGGUCAAAGACACACUUGGCCUCCAAGGGGACUUCAAGGUCUUGGAAACGCUGACGGACAUUAUUCGUCAAGACUUCAAGAGAGAACCACUAAAUAGGAUUGAUAAUGACUUGAUGCAGGCAAAGAUGGUGCUGGUUGACAUCACAGAGCCUCGCCGGUUGUGUUUGAAUGAACUGGGACACAAACGACCCUUUGUCAGAUGGGUAAAGGAUGCCCUAGAGGAUAUCAAUGAGUUGAAGGUGUUUGUCGACUUGGCUUCUAUCUCUGCUGGAGAGAAUGACAUGGAUGUGGAUCGUGUAGCUUGUUUCCAUGAUGCGGUCCUUGGUUACUCUUCUGUACUUUAUGAGCUCAAAGCAGACGCUGGUUUUCGUGCCUUCAAAGAUGUGCUGAACAAGCUCUGGAGGGCUUUGGAGAAUGACAACAAUUUGCCAAAAAAACUGCGUGACAGUGCACGUCACUUGGAGUGGCUAAAAACUGUGAAGGACAGCCAUGGAUCAGUGGAGCUAUCAUCUCUCUCAUUGGCCUCAGCCAUCAACAACAAAGGCAUCUACCUAAUCAAUGCACGGGAUGUGAAAAAGUUGAGUCUUGAAACGGCCCUGAAGUGUCAGAUUCCAGAGGAGCACGAUGAAGGUCAGCAGAUGCGCUGCUACUCUCUUGAAGACCUGAGGGAGCUACAAAACAAACUCAUGCUCAUGUCUGGAAAAGGGGACCAAGGGCAGAAUGAAGUUGAACGUUUUGUAGAGGUUUUUGCCAGUGUUCAAAGACUGACAGAGGCCUUCAUUGCUCUUUACACUGCUGGAAAUCCUCUAUUCAGAUACUGGGAAGUGCAGAUUAAUUGCUCUUCAAGUUAUGCUGAACCCAGCAUUUUGAUGGAUUUUAAUUUGGACAGGGCUCUUAGUGUCAUUGUGGAGGGCAGCCCAGAGGAGCAGCUUCCUGAGCUCUGCAGAAAAAUGGAGAAAUGUCUGGAAUUCUGGAUGAACUUUGUACACAAACAGAGAUCCCAACAAUAUUUCUUAAACUACUACACUGCUGAGCAGAUUGUCUACCUUUGUAGCAAGCUGACACAACAAAAUGUAAACAAGGUUGAGGACCAAGUCCUUAUGAUGCUUUCCUUUAUCAAGCCAAAUUGCACAUCCACAGAUCUGAGGCAAGUGUGGCAUGAGCUCCAGUAUGAAAUCAUUACUAAACCCCAGGAUCAAAAUGAGGACAUUGAGUUUCAGACUUUUGUUGUGGUGUCAACAAGUGACCUGGAAGAGUUUACAAGUGAACUGGAUCCUUUGCAAAGUCUUGUAGAAAAAGCAAAGGGUCUGCAGGGAUUUGAUCACAUAUGGAAUGCUUACAUGAAAGAUAUGAAGAAUUUUCUCCCAGACAUUCUUGAUAUAAAAAGUCUUGGCCGAGUGUUAGAACUACUGGCCAACAAAGAUGAUGAAGAUGAAGAAGAAGACAUUUCUGAUGACAGCAGUGGACAGCUCAUUAACAGGCAACUGCCCAGAGGUUUUGUUAAUGGAAAGCCAAAUCUCAUUGUUUGUCCUCAUGAUGAUGCCUUGGCGUCCUGCAUCUCAAUUUACAUGAGCAGCGAAGAUGAAGCUCUUCCAACCUAUGAUGAAGUCCUACUGUGCAACCACUCGACCCCAUAUGAGCAAGUGGAGCUGUUCCUCAGACGCUGCCUUGGCAAUGGCUACAGGGGACAAAAAAUAUACUCUUUGGUAUAUGGAGAUCUCCUGAGUUACGAUGUGAGCUCUAAAGUUGAAAACUUUUUCCAGCUGAUGAAAAUGCAAAGCAGGAAGGAUUACAGGCUUGUUGUUAUUUGUAGCUCAGAGAGAGAACAUGCCUAUCUUCCAUCUGCCUUCAGCCAGUACAGGUUGCACAUGAUUCCCCAAGAGCCAUUAGCAAGGAUCCAGCAGUACCUGCAACAACACUACACUGUCCCAGCAGAACAGUGCAGUGCUGCAGCAGCUUUUAAAGAUAGACUGUGCGUUGGUGUUGUUUCAUCUCAAAGGGCUGGUGUUGGUAAAUCCUUGUACAUCAGGAGGAUGUAUGAAAAACUUAAACACUCUACUAAAAAGCAGUCAAUGUUGAAAUGUAUUUGCUUGAUUGAACCUAAAGUUGACGAGACUGUCAUCCUUCAAUCUUUGCUUGACACUCCCAAAAGGAAAGAACUCAUUAUCUUCCAUUUUGAUGUCACAUCAUCGGUCCAGAAAGGACUUCCAGAAUUCCUAUUCAAAUUGUUGAUUCUGCGCUAUUUGAUGGACUCUGAGGGGAAAAUGUGGCGGUGCAAUGACAAGCAGCUGUAUGUCAUUGAGAUUUUAGAGCCCACUGUCAAGUCAACGGGAAAUGCUACUCGGGAGGUACAAACAGCAAGUAACACUUUUUUGGACAUGUUUCCUAAAAUCUUCUGCCGACCACCCAAAGAGGUCCUUAUGCUAGAGAUGAGACAGCAGGAGAAUCCUACUAUUGUGAGCAGUGAGGACCCACUGAUGGAUGAUAAAGAGUUCAGGAGUGAGGCCUUUCAGCGGCCAUACCAGUACUUGACACGGUUCCACAACAAAAUCGAUCUAGAUGUUUUCACAUAUCAUGGUGUUGAGGGGUCACACGUAGAAUGUCUUCAGAUGCUUCUCAUGUACUGUGGGGUAAUGGACCCCUCCUGGGCUGAACUUAGAAAUUUCACUUGGUUUCUUAACCUUCAACUAAGAGACUGUGAGACGUCAGUCUUUUGUGAUGCCACUUUCACUGGAGACACACUAACUGGAUUCAAAACCUUUGUGGUGGAUUUUAUGAUUCUGAUGGCAAAGGACUUUGCCACUCCAUCACUUAGUAUCUCUGACCAGAGUCCUGGCAUGUCACAAUUUAAUCUGGUUGGUGUCCGAGAUGAAGACCUGGCUCCUUUUCUCAUCAGAAAAAGAUGGGAAACAGAGCCACAUCCAUACAUCUUCUUCAAUGAUGAUCACACCUCCAUGACCUUUAUUGGCUUUCAUCUUCAACCCAAUGAUCAGAACUUUGUUGAUGCCAUUGAACCCACCUCUGGAAGGGUGAUCAGAGAGAAUGUCAUGACCAGAGCAUUGUAUGAAGGCUUACAGCUCCAAAGAGUUCCUUUCAAUAUAGACUUUGAUAGUCUCCCAAGAUGGGAGAAAAUAGAGCGAAUCUGCAAUGUUCUUGGUAUCCAGUGGCCUCUUGACCCUGAUGAAACGUAUGAACUUACCACAGACAACAUUUUAAAGAUGCUAGCUAUCCACAUGCGGUUCAGAUGUGGCAUACCUGUCAUCGUAAUGGGAGAAACAGGCUGUGGAAAAACCCGGCUAAUAAAAUUCCUUUGUGAAUUGCGAAGGAGUGGAGUUGCAACUGAGAACAUGAAACUGGUCAAGGUUCAUGGAGGGACAACUUCAGAGAUGAUCUAUGGUAAAGUCAGAGAAGCAGAAAACAUUGCUUCAAUCAACAAGCAAGACUAUGGAUUUGACUCUGUCCUCUUCUUUGAUGAGGCCAAUACUACAGAGGCUAUCAGCAGUAUCAAGGAGGUCCUUUGUGACAAGACUGUGAAGGGAGAACGUUUAACACCCAACUCAGGGUUACAGAUUAUUGCAGCAUGCAAUCCCUACAGAAAGCACACAGCUGACAUGAUUCAAAGGUUGGAAUCUGCUGGUCUUGGGUAUCGAGUUCGAGCGGAAGAGACUGAUGAAAAACUGGGGUCUAUACCUUUGCGCCAGCUGGUGUAUAGAGUUCAAGCAUUGCCACCAAGCAUGAUUCCUCUGGUAUGGGACUUUGGACAGUUAAAUGAUCACACAGAAAAAAUAUACAUCCAGCAGAUUGUGCAAAGAGUCACUACAAGUAAAUCAAUAGAUGAAACCUACAUCAAAUGCAUCACAGAUGUUCUUUCAGCCUCACAGAAGUACAUGAGAACCAGGAAGGAUGAAUGCAGCUUUGUCAGCUUAAGAGAUGUAGAGCGCUGCAUGCAAGCUUUUGUUUGGUUUCAUGACCACCAUGAGAUGUUCUUUUCAGAGCUUCAAAAAUUUGAAGCUACUCAAAACGAUGACAGAAAUGAACGGCAACAAAGACAACCUGAUGUUCAAGACCCUGUUCUGUGGUCCCUUGUCAUGGCCAUAGGAGUAUGUUACCAUGCCUGCCUUGAAAAUAAGGACAAAUACAGACAAAAAAUCUGUACCAAAUUACCAUCAUACACCCCAAUGAGAGUAAUGCAUGAAAUUUCACUCAUGCAAGAUUUACUCUUGAGUGGUGUUCCAAUGGGAGAUACUAUUGCAAGAAACAGUGCCCUCAAAGAAAAUGUCUUCAUGAUGGUUCUCUGCAUUGAGUUAAGAAUCCCCUUGUUCUUAGUUGGAAAACCUGGAAGUUCAAAGUCCCUUUCCAAAACUCUAGUAGCAGAUGCCAUGCAGGGGCAAGCUGCUCAUUCUGAACUCUAUAAGAUGCUCAAACAGAUCCAUUUGGUAUCCUUUCAGUGUAGUCCUCAUUCGACACCUGAAGGUAUCAUCAACACAUUUAAGCAAUGUGGCCGCUUUCAGGAAGGAAAAAACCUCAAUGAAUAUAUUUCGGUUGUGGUUCUUGAUGAAAUUGGGCUGGCAGAGGACUCUCCAAAGAUGCCACUAAAAACUCUUCACCCAUUGCUGGAAGAGGGAUGCAUUGAUGAUGAACCACUACCGCACAAAAAAGUUGGAUUCAUUGGUAUUUCCAACUGGGCAUUGGACCCUGCAAAGAUGAACAGAGGCAUUUUUGUCUCACGUGGUGACCCUGAUGAGAAAGAGCUCAUUGAGAGUGCUAAAGGCAUAUGCUCGUCUGAUGUGAUGGUCCUUGAGAAAGUCAGGGAUUUCUUACAACCAUUUGCAAGAUCCUAUUUGAACAUUUGCCGGAAACAAGGGAAAGGAUUUUUUGGCCUACGUGACUAUUACAGCUUGAUAAAGAUGAUCUUUGCUGUGGCCAAGACCUCUCAACGAAAACCUGCAGCAGAGGAGAUUGUCAAGGUUGUUUUGAGAAAUUUCAGUGGCAGGGAUGAUGUUGAUGUAGUUUCUGUCUUUACCCAAAGACUUAAAAUUUCUCCAAAUUUGGAGAACAUCAACACCAUUGACUUUGUGAAAGAAAACAUUCAAUCAGUUGGACAAGAUGAAGAGUGUCGGUACCUUCUUGUGCUAACAAAAAACUAUGCAGCCCUACAGAUCCUACAGCAAACAUUCUUUUCAGAAGGUGGUCAACCGGAAAUUAUCUUUGGAUCUAGCUUUCCAAAAGACCAAGAGUACACCCAAAUCUGUCGCAACAUCAACAGAGUGAAAAUCUGCAUGGAGACAGGCCAAACAGUUGUGCUUCUAAACUUGCAGAAUCUCUAUGAAAGCCUCUAUGAUGCUCUCAAUCAGUACUACGUAUGCUUGGGAGGACAGAAAUAUGUCGAUCUUGGAUUGGGAACCCAUCGUGUAAAAUGCAGAGUGCACAAAGACUUCCGGCUAAUUGUCAUUGAGGAAAGAGAAGUGGUCUACAAACAAUUUCCAAUACCUCUAAUUAACCGGCUGGAGAAACACUACCUUGACAUCCAUACUGUCCUUAAAGCUGAGCAGAAAAAGAUGGUUGAAGAACUAGGGAGAUGGGCAAAGCUAUUUGUAUCUCUUACUGGUCAGCAUGCUGGAGCAGCUGAUAUGUACAAGUACACAAUCCCUGAUGUUUUCAUUGGCUACCACUCAGACACCUGUGCUUCUGUGAUUCUUCAAGUAAUAGAGGAGCAGAAGGACAAUUUGGAAACUUCAGAUUCUCAGAGAGGACUGCUUGAUCAGGCCAAACUCAUACUUCUCAAAUGUGCUACACCAGACUCUGUGGUACGAUUGGAUUGCACGGGCCUACCAAAAGUGGAAAGUCAACAUAUGGCCAAGGUGUACUUUGAGGAACAAAGCAAUAGCUGUUUAGCUGACUACAUCCAUGCUCACACAAGACAGGAAACCAAGAUCAACACAUUCUUCACAGAGGUGACCACAUUCUCCAGACUUUUGACUGCAUUUGACAUGGAACCUCUGGAGAAAAUGUUUUAUAGCGUUGAGCUUCUCUCACUUCAACAGUUUGACACAGAACACUCCUUCCUAAAGAAAAUAAGGAACUUCCUCACAACUGAAAAUGGAGGAAGUAUGACUGGACCCUGUAACCGAAUCCUCAUUAUUCAGUGUGAUUUUGAUGAACCCUGUAAGAGCACGAACCUGAUUGCAUCUGCAAAGUAUUCAUCACUAAAUGAGAUCAACAAAGUUACACAGGAGAGUACAGGAAGUAGGGUGUUUGUCUACUUUAUCACAAGGUUGCCAAGGAUGGAAGGAGGGACAUCUUACAUUGGUUUUCAUGGAGGACCCUGGAGAUCAGUUCAUAUUGAUGACCUCAGAAGGUCAAAGGACAUUGUUUCAGAUAUCAAGACCUUGCAAAACAUGAAAAUCAGUCAAAUGUUUGAAACAAAAACAACUCGGCCUGAAGCUAUGGAGACUGAUGACAUGUACACUGAGAGUGUGCAACAAGAGUUGGAAGAAAACGACUUGGAUAAUGUUGUGGAUACCACAUCAUUGCUCCGGAGCUGUGUGCAAACUGCUGUUGGUAUGCUGAGGGACCAAGUGACAUGCGGCUUUCGCAGUACUCGACGGGUUGAGAUCCUUUUAACUCUCCUGAGUGACACUGAUGAACUAAGAGGUGAAUUUCUUCAAACUGUGAAGAAGCGUCUUCACUCGUUGUUACUGAUUCAUGAUGGGAACACGUUCAUGAAGAGCAACUGGGUCCUCAAAGAGGCUUCAAACAUUGAUGCUUUGCAGGAAGGAGGCACUUUCAGACACACCUUAUGGAAACGUGUUCAAGCUAUGGUGGUCCCCAUUUUGGCACAUCUAGUGUCAGUGAUUGACCGGGACCAAAACAUGGAUCUCUUGCUUGACAAAAACUGCUCUGAGGCAGUGAAAAGAUUGUGGUUGGAUAUCUUUGGCAAUGAAAAACUGGUGGAAAUCUCACACCAAGCAAUCGACUCCAGCUCUGAGACAAGAACAAUCCUUGUGCAGAACUACAUUCCUCAAGAUAGAAACAUAGGCUGCAGCAUGCCCUUCAGCUGGAGAAUUAAGGACUAUUUGGAGGAACUUUGCGUUCAUGUCCUUCAGAAUGAAGGACACAAUCAACUAAAACUGAUUGAGAUCUUUUGGAAUACACCACUUGGGCGUUACAUUGAGAAAGCUGAUUCAGAGACUCAAAUGGAGUUUUACCAUCGCUACCUUCAAGAUUUUAUCUCCAUGUCGAUGAAUGUCACUGCUCCAGAAGAUCUGCAGCUCCUCUGUGGUGCCUUGAAUAGUUGCGUCAGUGAACUACGACUACAGCUGAACGACACAGAGAAAAUGACUGCUCUUCCAUGGGUUCAUGCUGCUUAUAACAAGUUCAAAAACCGGCUUCAGAACCUCUCCAGAAUUACAUGUACUGAACCCCAGGUGACAAAAGACCUUCUGGGAAACCCACAUGCAGGAGACAGCGCUGAACUUGUCCUCGACGUUUAUGCUGCUUUUGCUUGUUUGGAGCACCUGGAGCCCAGAGUGCUGGACACUGAUGCUCAAAGACAAGCGUGGCUCAGGCAGGUGAAGAAACUUCAAGUUCCCAUUGAGCUGAUCUGUUCAGAAGACAGUGUGAGACAUUAUGGAGAGAGGAGCAAGAUGAUAGUCCUCAGAGUCCAAUCUGGAUGGAAUCGCAUAUUUUCUCUCUCUUUGUUCGUUGAGCACAUGUUGAUGGAAAUUGAACAGUUGGACACGAAGCUCACACCUGUAGUGUUGGAAAAUAUGCGAGGGCUUGGCAAGAUUCUUGAAAAAAAUUCUGACGUUAAAACUCAGCAGAUUUUCGAGGCUGUAAUUGGUUUGCUGAAAAACUGCAAAGAUGGAGCUGUGGAACGGAUUUUCAGGUUCGGUCAUAUGGUAUGUCCAGUUUGCAUGGGAGACCCUCAAGAUCCACUCUGCCUAUCAUGUAAUCACAUCUACUGUGUAGCUUGUAUCAAACAGUGGCUAGUCCCCGGUCAGAUGUACUGCCCGCUUUGCAUGCAGCCAGUUGAGGAAAACUUCACCUUGGUUCCUUCAAAUGAGAUGAGGGUUCGUGUUAGUCAGCAUGCUCAGUUCAGGAAGCGCUGCAACGCUUUCUUCAUAGACCUGGUGUCUACUGUGUGCUUCAAGGACAACUCUCCGCCAUCUUCAGCUGUCAUCUUUCAUUUGCUGUCUUUUCUCAUGGUGGAGGCCAGCCCGGUUCCCUUGCUCAGAGCCAAUCGACAAAUGCUGACAAAAGUGCUUUCUCCAUUUGAUGACUCUGCUGAUAAAAAUCCGGUUGUUCGGUCAGUGGUGCUCAAACUUCUGAUGAAGUACAGCUUUAAUGAAGUGAAAGAAUAUCUGCAGCAACAUCUGGUGGCUGUUGAACAGAGCAACAUCUUGGAUGAGACAGACAAAACUGAACUCUACUGCAUGUACAUCAACUGUCUGGAGGAUUCCAUGUUUGAAAGGCUCCAGUUCAGGUCUGCUGCAGAUCAGAAGGCGUAUUAUCAGAAUGAAAGUGCCUUUCUGACUGACUUUCUGCAAACACACGGUCAGCAUGCUGAAAAACCAUCUGUGGAAUAUCUGCAGCAGUUGGCCAGAGUGCGAAUAGACCUGGACAGGACUGCUAGUCUGAUUGUGGAAAAUUUGAGAGAAACAGGCUUACCUGAAGGUGGUCAUAAUGGAGCCGCAGCCUUUCUGGACAGUGUGGUGAACCUGUGCAGGCGGAGUGGGAACGAUUGGUAUCGUGUCUAUUUGAUACGCAAGAUUUGCAGCCAAUAUGGAGUGGAGUUUGUCCAGAAACGUCUUAGGCAGGGUCAGAUGAGUUGGCUCUUCCCUGAAGAAGUUCAGCUCCAGGAUGAGGAGACCCCCCCAGUAGAUCACUAUCUUGUCUGCGGAAAAGAUUACAAGACAAUCAGAGAAGCUGUUGCAAAGACAAUUAUGGAAGGCAAAGUAGAAGGACUGGAUGAGGCCUGUGAGGGCUGCAGAUGUGUGCCACAACUGAAAGCAGUUUACCUUCUUUUAGCACUAUACAGAGAAAUCACCACUCUUUAUGGACACGCUAAUGAGGCCUUCCAUCCCAAACUGCAGCAACUUGAAGCACUUUCAGCUUACAUCCAGACAUCCAAAAUUCUUGCCAGCCCAGAGGUGAAGACCUUUGCUCAAGACCUGGUGGCCAACAAAAUGGGGCCUCUUUCUGUCCGCCCCGGUAUCUCUGGGGCCCAAAUUGUAGCAGUGGAAUUAGCUGUUCACUUAGCUGCUGUACUGCUCUCUGGAAACCAGGGGAUCAUAGCUCCCCUUCAGCAGCUGGCACUGACACCUGUCAACAUGCAGACAUCGUUUUUGCCCUCUAUGCCAGAAGAUAUAGUAGCAGCAGCUCAACAAGCUUUGGGUACCGUGCAGUGGUACCGUUGUCCAAAUGGUCAUCCCUGCACCAUUGGGGAGUGUGGCCAGCCAAUGCAGACCAGUCGUUGCGUAGACUGUGGUGCUGUAAUUGGAGGAAAUAACCAUAUGCCUGUGGCAGGUUUUCAGGUUCUUGGAAUGCAAGGUGACCGCACCCAGACAGGCCACAUCCUCGGUGAGCCAAGUCGCCGGGACAAUCCCGAUAUGCUGGACACAAAGGACAUGUCUCCUGUUCCCUUUAAUGUUGUCCGGAUGCUCACUCACAUGGCGAUGCUGCUUGGGGCCUGUAAUCAAACACAGUUCAUCUCUGCAAUCAUCAAGCCUCCAGUUCCAGAUCCUGCUGCAUUCCUACUUGAUCACCUGAGAAAAGAUAUGGAACAUCUGAUCAAAUCACUGGGAAAGGGGACCGAUGACACAAUCACAACAGUUCACCUGAUAAUCAGCAGCUUGCUGGGACCGCACCAGCAACAGAGAUGGCCAGUUCCUUUUGACAAUCGACUUUCAAAUAAAGAGGCCAGAAACGGAUGGGAGUCGGAAAUGAGCAAUGCUGUCAUCACACCUCAGCUAAAGCACUUGGAUAGACAACUAAAAGAAGUGAAUGCCUUCAUCCGGGCAGACUCUCGGAUCUCUGCCAACCCAAUCAUGAAGCUGGUGUAUGGUGACCCUCGUCUGUUUUUGACGUCUCUGCCUGCGAACUCUCUGCUCCACUGUUCCGCUGUGUGGAGCUGCAGGGAGAAAGUGUGUGUGCUGAGCCUGACUCACAUCCUAGAGCAGAACGAUGGCAAAGACGCUACGCCUGUGCUUUGGAGAUUUCUCCACAAGGAGGCAGAGCUCCAACUGGUGAAGUAUCUCCCUGACAUCCUCACACUGCAGAAGAAUCUGGUGAAGAAGUUUCAGAACAUCACUGAGCUAACCUACGAGACAAUGAAUGAAUUUCUUCGCAGACAGAAAGCCGCUUCACUUAAAGCCUGGUAUGAGAAAUACAUCAAAAUCUUCCUAACAACCUGGAACCAGCUUAGAGUGUCUCUGGCAACCAAUGGUGAGAUUAAAAUCCCAAAUGAGUUCUGCCAGAAGGACCUGGACCUGAACAGUGACUUCAAGGUGCUUUUGCCUCAGCGGCAGGGCGCAGGCCUGUGCUCCACGGCUCUCAUCAGCUACCUGAUUGCUCUGCACAAUGACCUCAUCUACUGUGUGGACAAGCAUACUGGAGAGGAGACCAGCUACAAAGUGAGCCCUGCAGAUCUCUCUGAUCUGCAUGUUAUCCGUUAUGAGCUGGAGCGGGACUUGAUGCCCCUGAUUCUGUCCAAUACUCAGUACACCAUCGAGAAGGGCCAAGAGACCCUUCAUGAAUAUGACUUGGUCAAGAUCCAGCAGCAGAUCAUUUCACGCUUUCUGCUUGGAAAACCUCGAAUCACUCUCGAUGGUAUUCCUACACUAGUUAACAGACACGAUCGUGACUACAAGAUAAUCCUCAGAGAUGUUAAAACCAAAGUCAAGCAAGAGCCCCUGCAGACCCUCACCCUCUUCUCCGUCGCUGGGGAGCUGCACUCCUACAGCGAGGUGUGCGAGGCCUUGUCCACGCUGGAAGUGGCGCUCGGCUUCCUCGCCAUGACGGGGGGGGAGCCUCACAUGCAGCUGUCCUGCUACGUUGAGGAAGUGCUGCAGAUGGGAAACCAAGUCGCUCAGCAUAUCGUCAAGGUUUUCAGCAUGUGUUGCCUAAAGCAUUGUGUUGCUCUGUGGCAGCUGUUGGUUUCGCUUAAAUCGGAAAACAUGCUGCGGCUGAAGAGGGACCCAUUUGUGGGAGUCCCUGAAAAGUACAAGCAGCCUCUGGGAGAGGAAGAGCACAGGCUGCUUACUGCCUUCUUCUCAAGGAACAGUGCUGACACUUUCCUGUUAGAAAUGCACGAGUUCUUGGUUCUGGUUCUUAAAAAGUCCAAUGAUCCUGAUGCCUACAGGCCUGACUGGGGCUUGAAAGAAUCUUUAGUGUCUUACAUGGAACAAAAAGACAUGGACAUACCUCCAGAUGUGGAGGAGCACUUCCCAGAAGAAAUCUUGCUGUCCCACUAUGUUGAAGCCUGGAAGUUCAUCAUUUCUUUUAAGCAGGAGCGUGGUCAGAGACAAUGAAGAGAUUGGGAACAAAAGUGCUAUUUUUGCUGCCUUUGUACUUAAAUUCAAUUGCUCUUGUUAAAUGACAAUAUGGUUGUAUCAUGUUUUUGCACAUAAAUCAAAAUGCUGUGCCUUUUUAGGAGCAGAGAGCCUUGAAAUAAGAGUGUCAUUUACCCUUAUGAAAAUCUAAACUUUGGUAUGCUUUUUGUUUUGCAUUUCUCUCAAUGAGGUUGGGAAUAGAUUUUUGCAGUUUAAAUUUCUUUAAUUGUACUUUACUUCUUUACUCGCAAUAAGAAUAAUUGAAGAAAAAAAAUCUCAGGUACAAAAUGUAGGGGUAGAUAUGGAGAUGUAAGCUGAAAACAUCCCAAACCCUUAAAAAUGAAUAAUAUAUUUCGCCUGCUUAUAUUUGUUUUACCACUAUUCAGUUUUCUAAUUCUAUUUCAUGUUUACUCCAUUUUGAACUCUGCUGUCAUUCCAUUUUUUUCAUAUAAUAGUUUUUUUUUAUUUAGAUUUGCUGUUUCUCAGUGGUUUGAUUCCUAAUUGCAUUCGUGUUCUUAUAACAAUGUGACAUAAAAGGCA